GCGCCUCUCGGGCCGUCUCUCCGUACUCGCGCAUCGCGCCGCCGGCUGCCGCCCCGCCCCGUCCUGGUCCCUCCCAUCAGCGCUGCGCUAUCGUGCUUGGUGCACAAAGCGUGCGUGAGUACCGGCACGCCCUCCGCACCCUGCGCCGUCGCAUUACCAUCGCAGCCUCGCACGAGUGCAGCCCACUCGCCAGUGAGCCGCGCCCAUCAACUCGUCGUGACAGGCUGCAUUGCCGGGCUCAUCGCGGCCUCUCCCUGCCCGCGCGGAAUGUCCCGCCCCGCCCGAUGUCGCCGUUGUUUCCCCAGUCCAAACAGCGAUCCCUGCUGA